CAGACCCGAAGACAAGUGGGCGUCAGGGGAGGGAGAGGAAGAGGUAAUUUAUGGCUCUACAGUUGAGCUAAAGUGUGUACUGCUCGGCUCCUCGGCUUCUUCGUCUUCCCCCAUCCCUCUACUAGGCGUUCAGAAGCUGGAGGCUCACUUCUACAGUUCUACCGCACAAACCAUUGCCGCCGUCCCGUCAUCUCGACAGCAAUUUGACCAACUCGUGGGCUGAGAUUUUGGACGUAGAUCUGGUUAUGAGAUGAGCAAGCCUUGUGAGAGAUUAAAGGAGAAGGGAGAUUACUGCUGUGACCAUGUAGACGAGCAAGACAACUACUUCUUCAAAAUUCUGAUUGGUGAUUUUCGUGAAAGAAUCACCAUACCAGAUGCCUUUGUGAAACAUUUUAGGGAAAAAUUAGGAAGAACCAUUGAGCUGGAUUCACGCAAUGGUUGCACCUUCGAUGCCCAAAUUACCAGCUACCAUGACAAACUAGUUCUCCAAUCUGGAUGGGAAGCAUUUGUGAGUGCACAUGACUUGAAAGUGGGGGACCUUCUGUUGUUCAAGUACAAUGGGAUAUCUCGGCUGGAGAUUCUAGUAUUCGAUCCGAGUGGCUGCGAGAAAGUAGAAUCAUGUCUUGUCAUCAAUAAUACUGAUCAAGAGCCAAUUGAUAUCUCAACCAGUUAUCAUGAUAUUCCCAUAAAUUCAACACAAAGUGACAGACCAAACCAGGGGAACGAGAUUGUGAAUAUCAGUUCAUCAGGGUCUCAACACGAGGCAUCAGGCUAUUUUUCAUCAUCAGAAGAUGACCUGGAUGUGCAUUCUGUCCCGCCUUACAUCCUCCCCAAAGGCACCCUUCUUACUGAUGUGCAGACGAAGAAACUGGAAAAAAGGGUCCAAGCUAUUCAAUCCAAAACCCCCAUCUACGGCUGCAUCUUGAACACGGGCAGUAUUUAUGGGAAACGUCCUGCUCUGUACUUACCUCUGAAAUACGCCAAAUACCUUCCGUCUGAGAAUGGAACACUCUUACUCGAGCGACAUGGCAAGAAAUGGGAAGUGCGGUGCAUCGUUGCCUCGUUUGAACGUAAAAGGUUCACCAAAGGGUGGAAAAAGUUUGCACGUGACAACAAUUUGAAGGUGGGAGAUUUCUGUCUCUUCGAGCCACUCAAGAGGAUGAAUAAGCAGUACAUCAUGAAGGUUCAUAUCAUUCGGAAAAAAUGAAAUUUGGUAGGCUUGUCGAUCUCUUCUGCUGAUCGUUCCGACUUUUGCUAUUGGUGAAGUGUUCCAUAUGUUUGUUUGAGGCACACCAGCGGUCAUGUAUGCCUGGUUUGCCUGUAGUCUCCAGGCUCGAUCAGUCAUGGAUUUGUUUCGUGCAUUAAGGCAUUUGUUGCUGUAAAAUGUAGUGCUGUAACAACCUGUCUUCCGUGUUUUUUAACCUCAACGUGUCUAUAGUCCGUCUGAAUUCUAUGUAAACAAAAGCAUCACUCAUCGGUUAACUCUGCCGGCAUCAAUUAUUGAGCUAAGCGUG